CACUGUCUGGGAUCAUUCAUAUGAUAACAAAAACGAGUACACAUCCAUUACCCAAGAUGACUGAAGUUCUGGCGCCCAAUCUAGGGCCUCCUACCGACAAAAAUCAAAGCGACGAUUAUGUUUUCUUCCAUUCAGGCUCUAACCCUACUUAUCGUAAAGUCACCAAAUCCACGACACAAAUAACCACAAUCCCAACCAUCGACAUCACCGACAUCGAUAGUCCCGAUCCGUCCAUUCGGAAUGUUCUCGCCCAAGAGUUGUAUGAAGCAUGCGUAAGCUGCGGCUUCUUCUAUCUGAAGGGCCAUGGAAUGUCAGAAGAGCUCCUCGCGGAGACGUUUGAUUUUCUGAAACGAUUCUUCGCACUGGAUUUUGAAAGCAAAAUGAAUGCGCAUGUGCAGAAGAAUCCUGCUAUUCGGGGAUAUGAGCCAAUGGGAGAGACGAAACUGGAUCCGAAGACGAAGCAGGACUUCAAAGAAUCGUAUACAAUUGGAGACUGUCCCUUGGAGCCUGAGCAGCGCUACAGAGAGAAAACGGGAAAAGCUCCACCUCAAAAUUUGAAGCGACCGCAAAAUAUCUGGCCAAGUUCAGCACCAUGGUAUCGUGAUGGGCUGUACAGAUAUUACAACGAAGUCCUUCCUGUUUCGUUGAAGCUUGUUCGCUUGCUUGCGCUUAGUCUGAAGCUCGAUGAGGACAAAUUUCUGGGAGACUUCUUUACCUUUCCAAUCACGGGAAUGCGAGCUCUACACUACCCACCUGUUCCGCCUGAGGAUAAAGAGAAAGAUGAGUUGAAUAUUGGACUUGGUGCACAUUCUGACUUUUCGUAUCUGACUCUAGUCCUCCAAACACCUUCGCUUGACGCCCUUGAAGUCUUGACUCCAACGGGACAGUGGAUCCAAGUCCCAGCCAUUCCAAACACGCUCGUAUGUAAUGUAGGGCAGUACCUUGAGCGACAGGCGACCGGAAGGUCCCUCGCAGCAGUACAUCGAGUUUGA